AUGUUCUCGGAUGUAAAAGAUGUUUUAUUUAUUAAUCUAGUUAUUUAUCUAUCUGUCUACCUAUAUAUCUAUCUCUCUGUCUAUCUAUCUAUCUAUCUAUCUAUGCAUGUUUCUAUAUUUUCUUGCAUUGAAGGACCGUGCUUACUAUAUUUUUUUAUUUUCUUCUUUCACUUUAUUAUUUUUUAUCGUUCUGUUCGUCAUUUUUCUCUUUCUACAUUUCCAUAUUCUUACAUUAUUUUUCUUCUUUAUCUUUUCUCUUUUUUUUUCUCCUUUAUCUCAUUUCUCUUUUUCUUCUUGUUCUUUUCUCUUUUUCCCAUUCCAUUUUUUCUUUUUUUCUUUCUCUGUUCUCUUUUCCUCCUUCCUCUUUUACCUUUCUUCUUGUUCUUUUCUCUUUUUCCCAUUCCAUUUUUUCUUUUUUUCUUUCUCUGUUCUCUUUUCCUCCUUCCUCUUUUACCUUUCUUCUUUUUCUUUUCUCUUUUUCCCAUUCCAUUUUUUCUUUUUUUACUUUCUCUAUUCUCUUUUUCUCCUUCCUCUUUUACCUUUCUUCUUUUUUUUUUCUCUUUUUCCGAUUCCAUUUUUUCAUCUUUUUCUUUCUCUGUUCUCUUUUUCUCCUUCCCCUUUUUCUUUUCUUCUUUUUCUUUUCUGUUGUUCCCAUUCCAUUUUUUCUUUUUUUUCUUUCUCUGUUCUCUUUUUCUCAUUCCUCAUUUUCUUUUCUUCUUUUUCUUUUCUCUUUUUCCCAUUCCAUUUUUUUCUUUUUUUUCUUUCUCUGUUCUCUUUUUAUCAUUCCUCUUUUUCUUUUCUUCUUUUUCUUUUCUCUUUUUCCCAUUCCAUUUUUUUCUUUUUUUUCUUUCUCUGUUCUCUUUUUCUCCUUCCUCUUUUACCUUUCUUCUUUUUCUUUUCUCUUUUUCCCAUUCCAUUUUUUCUUUUUUUUCUUUCUCUGUUCUCUUUUUCUCCUUCCUCUUUUCUUUUCUUCUUUUUCUUUUCUCUUUUUCCCAUUCCAUUUUUUUUUUUUUUAUUCUUUAUCUUCUUUUUUUCUCAUUCUAUUUUUUCUUUUCUUCUUUUUAUUUUUCUUUUUCCCAUUCAUUUUUUUUUUUUUUUUUUCUCUGUUCUUUUUUUCUCAUUCUUUUUUUCUUUUUCUUCUUUUUUCUUUCUCUUAUUCCCAUUCUUUUUUUCUUUUUUUUCUUUCUCUGUUCUUUUUUCCUCCUUCCUUUUUCUUUUCUUCUUUUCUUUUCUCUUUUUUCCCAUUCCAUUUUUUUUUUUUAUUUCUCUGUCUCUUUUCCUUCUUCCACUUUUUCUUUUCUUCUUUUUCUUUUCUCUUUUUCCCAUUCCAUUUUUUUCUUUCUCUGUUCUCUUUUCCUUCUUCCUCUUUUUCUUUUCUUCUUUUUCUUUUCUCUUUUUCCCAUUCCAUUUCUUCUUUUUUUUCUUUCUCUGUUCUCUUUUCCUCCUUCCUAUUUUUUGUUUUCUUCUUUUUCUUUUCUCUUUUUCCCAUUCCAUUUUUUCAUUUUUUUCUUUCUGUGUUCUCUUUUUCUCCUUCCUCUUUUACCUUUCUUCUUUUUCUUUUCUCUUUUUCCCAUUCCAUUUUUUCUUUUUUUUCUUUCUCUGUUCUCUUUUUAUCAUUCCUCUUUUUCUUUUCUUCUUUUUCUUUUCUCUUUUUCCCAUUCCAUUUUUUCUUUUAUUCUUUCUCUGUUCUCUUUUUCUGCUUCCUCAUUUUCUUUUCUUCUUUUUCUUUUCUCUUUUUCCCAUUCCAUUUUUUUUUUUCUUUUCUCUGUUCUCUUUUCUCCUUCUUCUUUCUUUUUCUUUCUUUUUUUUUUUUUUCUUUUUCCCAUUUCCUUUUUUUCUUUUUUUUUCUCUCUCUGUUCUUUUCUCCUUCUCUUUCUUUCUUUUCUCUUUUCUUUUUCUUUUUUCCCAUUCCAUUUUUUCUUUUUUUUCUUUCUCGUUCUCUUUUUCUCCUUCCUCUUUUACCUUUCUUCUUUUAUUUUCUGUUUUUCCCAUUCCAUUUUUUCUUUUUUUUCUUUCUCUGUUCUCUUUUUCUCAUUCCUCUUUUACCUUUCUUCUUUUUCUUUUCGCUUUUUCCCAUUCCAUUUUUUCUUUUUUUUCUUUCUCUGUUCUCUUUUUAUCAUUCCUCUUUUUCUUUUCUUCUUUUUCUUUUCUCUUUUUCCCAUUCCAUUUUUUCUUUUUUUUCUUUCUCUGUUCUCUUUUUUCCUUUUCUUUUCUUUCUUCUUUUUUUUUUCUCUUUUCCCAUUCCAUUUUUCUUUUUUUCUUUCUCUUUUUUUUCUCCUUUCUUUCUUUCUUCUUUUUAUUUUCUGUUGUUUCAUUCUUUUUUUCUUUUUUUUCUUUCUCUAUUUUUUUCAUUCCUCUUUUUUUUCUUCUUUUCUUUUCUUUUUUUCAUUCCUUUUUUUCUUUUUUCUUUCUCUGUUCUUUUUUUCCUUCCUUUUUACCUUUCUUCUUUUUUUUUUCUUUUUCCCAUUCAUUUUUCUUUUUUUUUCUUUCUCUGUUCUUUUUUAUCAUUCCUCUUUUUCUUUUCUUCUUUUUCUAUUCUCUUUUUCCCAUUCCAUUUUUUCUUUUAUUCUUUCUCUGUUCUCUUUUUCUGCUUCCUCAUUUUCUUUUCUUCUUUUUCUUUUCUCUUUUUCCCAUUCCAUUUUUUCUUUUUUUUCUUUCUCUGUUCUCUUUUUCUCCUUCUUCUUUUACCUUUCUUCUUUUUCUUUUUUCUUUUUCCCAUUCCAUUUUUUCUUUUUUUUCUCUCUCUGUUGUCUUUUUCUCCUUCCUCUUUUUCUUUUCUUCUUUUUCUUUUCUCUUUUUCCCAUUCCAUUUUUUCUUUUUUUUCUUUCUUUCUUUUUUUCCUUUCUUUUACCUUUCUUCUUUUAUUUUCUGUUUUUCUUUCCAUUUUUUUUUUUUUUUUCUUUCUCUGUUCUUUUCUCAUUCCUUUUUUUCUUUCUUCUUUUCUUUUCUUUUUUUCCCUUUCCUUUUUUUUUUUUUUCUUUCUCUGUUCUUUUUUUUCAUUUUCUUUUUCUUUUCUUUUUUUUUCUUUUCUUUUUUUCUUUCCAUUUUUUCUUUUUUUCUUUCUCUGUUCUCUUUUCUCCUUUUCUUUUACCUUUCUUCUUUUCUUUCUCUUUUUCCCAUUCUUUUUUUUUUUUUUCUUUCUCGUUCUUUUUUCUCCUUCCUCUUUUCUUUCUUUCUUUUAUUUUCUGUUCUUUCUUUCCAUUUUUUCUUUUUUUUUCUUUCUAUUCUCUUUUUCAUUUCUUUUUCUGUUUUUCUCUUUUUCUUUUCUUUUUUUCCCUUUUUUUUUUUUUUUUUUUCUCUGUUCUUUCUUUUCUUUCUUUCCUCUUUUACCUUUCUUCUUUUUUCUUUUCUUUUUUCCCAUACCUUUUUUUCUCUAUUUUCUUUCCCUGUUCUCUUUUCCUCCUUUCUCUUUUUUUUUUUUCUUUUCUUUCUCUUUUCUUCCAUUUUUUUCUUUCUUUCUUUUUCUGUUCUCUUUUCUCCUUCCCUUUUUUUCUUUCUUUUUUUUUUUCUCUUUUUCCAAUUCCUUUUUUUUUUUUUUUUCUCUGUUCUCUUUUUCUUUCUUCCUUUUUUUCUUUUCUUUUUUUUUUUCUUUUUCCCAUUUUUUUUUCUUUUUUUUUCUUUCUCUGUUUCUUUUCUUUCCUCUUUUUCUUUUCUUUCUUUUUCUUUCUCUUUUUCCCAUUCCAUUUUUCUUUUUUUUUUUUCUUUUCUGUUCUCUUUUUUUCUUUCAUUCUGUUUUUUCUUUCUUUCUUUUUUUUUUCUUUCUUUCUUUUUUUUUUUUUUUUUUCUUUCUCUGUUCUCUUUUUCUCAUUCCUCUUUUUCUUUUCUUCUUUUUCUUUUCUCUCAUUCCCAUUCCAUUUUUUUCUUUUAUUCUUUCUCUGUUCUCUUUUUCUCAUUCCUAUUUUUCUUUUCUUCUUUUUCUAUUCUCUUUUCCCAUUCCAUUUUUCUUUUAUUCUUUCUCUGUUCUUUUUUUCUUUCUCAUUUUUCUUUCUUUCUUUCUCUCUUUUUUUCAUUCUUUUUUUCUUUUUUUCUUUUUCUCUGUUCUCUUUUCUCUUCUUCUUUUCUUUCUUUUCUUUUCUUUUUUCUUUUUCCCAUUCCAUUUUUUUUUUUUUUUUCUUUCUCUGUUCUUUCUUUUCUUUCCUCUUUUCUUUUCUUCUUUUCUUUUCUCUUUUUCCCAUUCCUUUUUCUUUUUUUUUUCUUUCUUUCUUUUUCUCCUUCCUCUUUUUUCUUUCUUUCUUUUUAUUUUCUUUUUCCCAUUCCUUUUUUUCUUUUUUUUCUUUUCUGUUCUUUCUUUCUCAUUCCUCUUUUACCUUUCUUUCUUUUCUUUUCUCUUUUCCCAUUCCAUUUUUUUCUUUUUUUCUUUCUCUGUUCUUUUUUUCAUUCUGUUUUUUCUUUUCUUUUUUUCUUUUCACUUUUUUCCCAUUUCAUUUUUUUUUUUUUUUUUUUUUCUCUGUUCUCUUUUUUCUCCUUGUUCUUUUACCUUUCUUCUUUUUCUUUUCUUUUUUUCCCAUUCUUUUUUUUCUUUUUUUCUUUUCUUUCUCUUUUCUUUCUCUUUUCCUUUUUCUUUCUUUUUCUGUUCUUUCUUUCUCUUUUUCUUUUUUUCUUUUCUUUCUCUUUUUUUUCAUUGUUUCUUUUCUUUCUUCUUUUUCUUUUCUCUUUUUCCCAUUCCUUUUUUUUCUUUUUUUCUUUCUCUGUUCUUUUUUCUCUGUUUCCUCUUUUACCUUUUUCUUUUUCUUUUUUUUUUUUCCUUUCCAUUUUUUCUUUUUUCUUUCCUGUUCUUUUUUCCUCCUUCCUCUUUUUUUUCUUUUUUUUUUCUUUUUCCCAUUCCUUUUUUUCUUUUUUUCUUUCUCUGUUUCUUUUUUCUCCUUCCCAUUUUUCUUUUCUUCUUUUCUUUUCUUUUUUUUCCUUUUUUUCUCUUUUUUUUCUCUUUCUCUUUUUUCCUUCUAUUUUUUUCUUUUCUUCUUUUUCUUUUUCUUUUUCCCAUUCCAUUUUUUUUUUUUUUUUCUCUGUUCUCUUUUCUUUCUCUUUUUUCUUUUUUUCUUUUCUUUCUCCCAUUCCUUUUUUUCUUUUUUUUCUUUCUUUCUUUUUCUCUUUCUUAUUUUUUCUUUUCUUUUUUUAUUUUCUCUUUUUCCCAUUUCAUUUUUUUUUUUUUUUUCUUUCUCUGUUCUUUUUCUCAUUCUUCUUUUUCUUUUCUUCUUUUCUUUUUCUCUUCCCAUUUCUUUUUUUUUUUUAUUCUUUCUCUGUUCUUUUUUUCUCUUUCUUUUUUUUUUUUCUUUCUUUUUUCUUUCUUUUUUUCCCAUUCUUUUUUUCUUUUUUUUUUUCUUUCUCUGUUCUCUCUUUCUUUCUUUCCUCUUUUCUUUUUUUUUUCUUUUCUCUUUUUCCUCUUUCCAUUUUUCUUUUUUUUUUUUUCUGUUCUUUUUUCCUCCUUCUUUUUUUUUUUUCUUUUCUUUUCUUUUUCCCAUUUCUUUUUUUUUCUUUUUUCUUUUCUUUCUCUUUUCUUCCUUUCUCUUUUUUGUUUUCUUUUUUUCUUUUCUCUUUUCCCAUUCCAUUUUUUUUUUUUUUCUUUCUCUCUCUCUUUUUCUUUCUUUCUCUUUUUACAUUUCUUCUUUUUCUUUUCUUUUUCCAUUUCUUUUUUUUUUUUUUUCUCUGUUCUUUUUUUCAUUUCUUUUUCUUUUCUUUUUUUCUUUUCUCUUUUUCACAUUCUUUUUUUUCUUUUUUUUUUUCUCUGUUCUUUUUUAUCAUUUCUUUUUCUUUUCUUCUUUUCUUUUCUCUUUUUUUUUUUUUUUUCUUUCUCUGUUCUCUUUUCUCCUUCCUUUAUUUUUUUCUUCUUUUUCUUUUCUUUUUUUUCCCAUUUUUUUUUUUUUUUUUUUUUUCUUUUCUGUUUUUUUUUUCUAUUUUUUCUUUUUUUCUCUUUUUUUUUUCUUUUUCCCAUUCCAUUUUUUUUUUUUUUUUUUCUGUUCUCUUUUUCUCAUUCUUUCUUUCUUUUUCUUCUUUUCUUUUCUUUUACCAUUACUUUUUUUUUUUUUUCUUUCUCUGUUCUUUUUUUUCUCCUUCCUCAUUUUCUUUUCUCUCUUUUUCUUUUCUUUUUUUCCCAUUCCAUUUUUUUAUUUCUCUGUUCUUUUUCUUUCUUCCUCUUUUCUUUUCUUUCUUUUUUUUCUUUUUUCCCAUUCCAUUUUUUUUUUUUUUUUUCUUUCUCUGUUUCUUUUCCUCCUUCCUCUUUUCUUUUUCUUUUUUUUUUUUUUUUUCCCAUUCCAUUUUUUCUUUUUUUUUUCUCUUUUCCUCCUUCCUCUUUUUUGUUUUCUUCUUUUUCUUUUCUCUUUUUCCCAUUCGAUUUUUUCAUUUUUUUCUUUAUCUGUUCUCUUUUCCUCAUUCCUCUUUUUCUUUUCUUCUUUUUCUUUUCUCUUUUUCCCAUUGCAUUUUUUCUUUUUUUUCGUUCUCUGUUCUCUUUUUCCCCUUCCUCUUUUACCUUUCUUUUUUUCUUUUCUCUUUUUGCCAUUCCAUUUUUUCUUUUUUUUUCUUUCUCUGUUCUCUUUUUCUCCUUCCUCUUUUUCUUUUCUUCUUUUUCUUUUCUCUUUUUCCCAUUCCAUUUUUUCUCUUUUUUUCUUUCUCUGUUCUCUUUUUCUCCUUCCUCUUUUUCUCCUUCUUCUUUUUCUUUUCUCUUUUUCCCAUUACAUUUUUUCUUUUUUUUCUUUCUCUGUUCUCUUUUUCUCCUUCUUCCUUUUUUUUUACUUCUUUUCUCUUUUUCUUUUUCCCAUUCCAUUUUUUUUCUUUUUUCUUUUCUGUUCUUUUUCUCCUCUCUUCUUUUCUUUCUUUUUUUUCUUUUCUCUUUUCCCAUUCCUUUUUUUUUUUUUCUUUCUCUGUUCUUUUUUCUCCUUCCUCUUUUCUUUCUUUCUUUUUUCUUUCUCUUUUCCCUUUCUUUUUUUUCUCUUUUUUCUUUCUCUGUUCUCUUUUCUCCUUCUCUUUUCUUUCUUCUUUUCUUUUCUCUUUUUUUCCAUUUUUCUUUUUUUUUUUUUUCUCUGUUCUUUUUUUUUCCUUCCUCUUUUUUCUCCUUUUUCUUUUCUUUUUUUUCCCAUUCCAUUUUCUUUCUUUUUUUUCUUUCUCUGUUCUCUUUUUUCUUCCUCUGUUUUUCUCCUUCUUUUUUCUUUUUCUUUUCCCAUUCCAUUUUUUUCUUUUUUUCUUUCUCUGUUCUCUUUUCUCCUUCCUCUUUUUCUCCUUCUUCAUUUUCUUUUCUUUCUUCUUUUUCUCAUUCUUUUUUUAAUUUUCUUCUUUUUCUCGUUCUUUUUCUUUUUCUUUUCUCCUGUUUCUCUUUCUUCUUUUUCAUCUUUUUCUUUUCCUCAUUCCUCUCUUUCUUUUCUUCUUUUCUGUUCCUCUUUUUCUCAUUCUUAUACAUUAUACACUACUAGCGAUGGAUGUCGCCAAUAA